GGGGAUGCCAUACGGAUACGCUCUUUUUUCGAAAAACCGAUGAUUCGUGCGGUUCGUUCGUACUAAUUUAGUAACUUUAUUUCGGUUUUUGGUGCUUCUGUGUAUAGUUAUCAUCAAUUCAAAGACAAUGUCGGCCCUAAUCCACGAAAAAAUUUGGUUAGACAAGAACAUCUACCAUGAUGCGGAGCGGGAUUACUACGAGUCCUUGUCAAAGGUUCGAGUUCCACUUGUCUCAACUCAGUCUUCUUUGGCUAAUGAAGUGGCAAAAGCAAGGCAACAUAUCAAAAAUUCCCUAGAAUGUAUGGAUAGUGUUGCUUCAUUGGCCGGAGUUCCAAACACAGAGCUGACCAACAAAGUGACCAACCUGGAGAAAGAGAACUCGGAGCUCAAAAAGACUAUGGAUGACUUGCGCAAGCUCGUCAUCAGCCUGCAGGCGCGUGUCGAGACUCUUGAGAGCAGCAAACCAUCUCAAGCCAAAGCUGAGGCUCCUAAGGCUGCAGCUAAAGAGGCUGAAGACUCAGAUGAUGGUGUUGAUCUUUUUGGGUCAGAUGAUGAAGAAGAGAGUGCAGAAGCAGCUAGAAUAAGAGAGGAACGCCUUGCAGCCUACAAUGCUAAGAAAUCUAAGAAGCCAGUGCUCAUCGCCAAAUCAAACAUUAUUCUGGAUGUCAAACCUUGGGAUGAUGAGACUGACAUGAAGGCUUUGGAGACGGCAGUACGGAACAUCACCUCAGACGGUCUCCUCUGGGGCGCGGCUAAAUUAGUUCCUCUCGCGUAUGGCAUCCACAAACUGCAAAUCUCCUGUGUAGUGGAAGAUGACAAGGUUUCUGUGGAUUGGCUCACCGAAGAAAUUGAGAAGAAUGAAGACUUUGUACAAAGUGUUGACAUUGCAGCAUUCAACAAAGUGUAACAACUAAAGUUUUCUAAAUAAAAAAUAUUGUUUCAUUUUAACCUCUUUUU